AAUAGGCAUCCAAUGUGUGCUUGUACCUAUUGCGAGAUGCCUUUAUAAAUAAAUAUUUCUGCAGCUGGAAUUUCUUUUUAAGUCAACACUACCUUGACAUAGGGCUUGCUUUAUACUCCGACAGUACAUUAGUGUUUUAUGUUGUAAUAUUUAUAUCAUAUGAUAUUUACAUGGAUCCAAAAAUAUUUGCUUUAGAUGCUAGUGCCUUCAAAAUUCACAACCACCCUCAACUAAUAUGGAGCCCCACCUAAAAUAAGCCGAGGAAGUUAAGCCUUGGAGUAAAACUUAUCCAAGAAUAAGAGGGCACUGUAAAGAUUGGUUCAUCAGCUUUAGGACCUUAAUGUCCAGUUGAGGGUUCUUUAGGGUUAUUCCUUUCCAUUUUGAGCUCCAAAGAAGUUUCCUUUGGUUGCAGAAUUGGAGAAUUAAAACACUUUGAAACUUUAAUGGGAACAUCGUCUGAAAAGCAGUUUAUCCAGAAUUCAGGGACCCUCCUAUGUUGACAUUGACUUAUUGAUUGUUAGUCACGUGAUCACAUGAUUUAACUUUACUCGCAUCGUAUCUUGUUGCAUUGAUAGAUUGAACUCUGGAAUUCUAGUUUAAACUACCCAGUGAGCAGAGUCUCCUUCGAUCUUCCUAGACAAAUCGGGAAGAGAAAGGAGACUCUGUGAGCAGCUCCAAGAUUCUUUGAUCCGCCGCUUAUCUGAGAAAAUGGAUGAGUCAGUCCAGUUUCCUUUUGGUCAAACCGGUUUCUCACUGAUGCGCAUGAUCACUUGCGAGAAUUGCUGAAUAUUUCCGCGCCCAUUUUACGUGAGCAUGGUGACUGCUUCGCUUUCGUGCAAAGUCUUCGUAAAAGCCGUGAAAUCCGCGUUCCAAAAAGUUAACAUUGGUAACAUUUCAAGCCUCGCAAACACAAACAAGAUCUCUGUUCAGUUUUGUGUGGCAAUGAUACGUUCGUCUCCCUUCUGCUCGGUCAUGGCAAAUCGCUGAUUUACCAAAUCUGUCCUGUGGUUGCAAAGGAACUUUCUGACUUUGAGGAACAGUUCCCAGCUGAACCAAUGCUUUUUGUUGUCUCGCCCUUGCCCGUGAAUGCACUAAUUUCAGAUCAGAUAAAUUCCCCCGAGAGGAUGGGGAUCAACGCUUGCAAAGUCAACAUGGAAAGCACGAUUUCUCUACAGAAGCGAUGCGACUACCAACUAUUGUAUGCGAGCCCUGAGGUCUUUGACAAUGAAGAUGUGAGAAAAUUGCUCCAGCAAUAUUGCGAUGGCAUCAUUGGCAUCAUGAUCGACAAGUCGCACUGGGUUGUCCAAUGGUAGGAUUUGUUGAUGUGUUAAUUUAAUGAUUAACAUAUUUUGACAACGAGGUUGAUCGAGGCUCGGUUACCUUUGCGUUGGAGCAUGCUCAAUAGGAAAUCUUGAAGCCGCUCGCAGAGUCUCCUUCCUCUUCCCGAUUUGUCUAGGAAGAUCGAUGGAGACUCUGCUCGCAGGGUAAGUUUAAACUCGGUCAGAUUCACUUUAGCCAGUUGUUGAAAAGUCGGAAAAAGGAAUAAAUUCAUUACACGGUCCUUCGGAGUCAGAUUUUGGCACAACAAUGGCUGAAGUACUCAAGAAACAAAGGAAAAUCCGUAGAGGUCAACGAGCACAUGUCACGAAACUCCUCGUUAAUUUAGAGCUGUCGCUACAGGAUGAACUCUCACAACAGAAGAUUAUACUCAGGGAAAAGCUCGACUCCUUGAAUAGCCUCCAUAGCAAGAUUUUGGAACUCGUAGAUGAUGAAAAUGAAGACGAAUUUAUCGCACAUGAAGUUGCUGAAGCAAGCGAAAUCACAGAUGAAAUCACGUGGGCUGUGGUUCGCAUUGAUUCGACUUUGAAAUCUCUGCAGAUUAAUUCGUCGAUCACCUCAACCCCGAGCGCUUCAACUGGAAACGUAGGCUUAAGUCCCCAAUCUGGACUACUUUUAAAUGGAACAACUGCAGCAUUGAACGUCAACAUUUGCGCCAAAUUACCAAAAUUGGAAAUGAAAAGGUUCAAUGGUCGACCAACGGAGUGGCAAGCAUUUAUCGAUUGUUUUGACAGUGCUGUUCAUUCAAACCCAAAACUUAGUAACAGAGAGAAAAUGAGCUAUUUGAAGUCCCUCUUUGAAGGUCCAGCUGCGGCUUCAAUUAAAGGGCUGCCCUUGACAUCGGAAAAGUACAUCUUGGCAAGAAAGAUCUUAGAGGAAAGGUAUGGAAACAAACAAUUAAUCAUUAGCUCUCAUGUGGAUAACUUACUUAAGUUGCCCGUGGUCAGUUCUGUCAAUGAUGUUAAGGACAUCAGACAAUUAUAUGACAAAACAGAAAUCCAUAUCAGAGGCUUGCAAGCUUUGGGUGUAGAGGCUCAACAGUAUGGUAGCUUCUUCGUCCCAGUUCUCCUCAGUAAAGUACCCCAAGAGCUAAGAUUGAUAAUCAGCAGGGAGUUUGACUCAGGAAAUUGGAGCCUUGAUGAAUUGUUGAAAGUAUUCAAAACAGAAGUUGAAGCUGGGGAAAGGUGUAACUCAAUGACAACAACUCCCCGGAGAGGAAACACCCACCCAAGCCCCCUCCACCAACUUUCAUUGCUGACCCCUGAGGGACAGAGAAUGACAUGUACCUUUUGUAAGCAGGGCCACAGAUCAGUAGACUGCGGUGUCAUCACGAUCGUCGGUGAAAGAAAGGACAAACUCAAGAAACAGGGCUUUGUUUCAUGUCUCAAGCACUCCCACAUUGCAAAGGAAUGUGAUUCCAAAUGGGCCCGCUCAAAUUGUGCUCAGCGACAUCAUCCAGGCUUGUGUAUGGCCAAUGACACUCCAACAUCAGACAACACUAUAGCAGGUGUAACUCAGCCAUCAACCCAAGGAAGUGGACAACCAAGUUCAGCCGUUAGCAUGUAUGUUGAUAGCAAGACAUCAAUUUUGUUGCAAACUUGCAUUGCCUUAGCAUCAAAUCCUACCUCAGUACAGCCUCAAGAGAAACAUUGUGUAAGAAUCAUCCUGGACAGUGGAAGUCAGAAGACGAACAUCACACAGCAACUUAAGAAGACUCUGGGCCUGAAACCAAUAGCAAGGGAAGGAUUGUGUAUCAAGACAUUUGGAACAGAUUACAACAACCUCAAGACUGUUGGCAUUGUACAGCCUCAAGAGAAACAUUGUGUAAGAAUCAUCCUGGACAGUGGAAGUCAGAAGACGAACAUCGCACAGCACCUUAAGAAGACUCUGGGCCUGAAACCAAUAGCAAGGGAGGGAUUGUGUAUCAAGACAUUUGGAACAGAUUACAACAACCUUAGGACUGUUGGCAUUGUAAACCUGUGUCUGAAGAAUGUUGAUAAUGAUGUCAUUGUAACCAUUACAGCCCAUGUUGUACUAGUGAUCUGUUCACCGCUGAAUUAUCAAACCAUUCAAUUUGCAAGGAAGAAUCAUGCCCAUUUGAAGGACAUUGUUUUGCCGCAAUGUAUCUCAGAAGAGAAUCUUGUCAUAGACAUUCUCAUUGGAGCAGAUCAGUAUUGGAACAUUGCAAAUGGAGAGGUCAGAAGAGGAGAGAGUGGACCUAUUACUGUGAACACAAGAUUUGGAUGGACAUUAUCUGGUCCCAUCGAGAAUGCACCUUGCUCAGAUACCCAUUCUGUCAAUUUGGCAGCAACACAUGUACUCCAGAUUGACGCUCGCAGAGAUGAAAUGGACGUACAUGAAAUGGAGCUUGAAGUGAAACUCCAGACCUUCUGGGAAUUUGAAUCAAUUGGAAUUAAGCAGGAAGAAAACUCUGUUCCAGCAACAUUCAGAGAGACAACCACUUUUGAGAACCAGAGAGGAUGCUCAUGACCCACUGCCUGACAAUUGCAGUCUCAGUCAAAGAGGAUUACAGUCCUUGUUGAAGAGACUCAGCCAUAAGCCAGAACAACUGGAGGAGUAUGAUCGUGUGAUUAAGGAUCAGCUGGACAAGGGAAUCAUCGAAAGAGUUGACCAUUCUAAGAAAGCCCAGCCUUGUCAUCAGAUACAUUACGUUCCCCUUCACUGUGUCGUGAGAGAGGACAAGUCAACAGCCAAGCUUCGCAUUGUGUAUGAUGCAUCAGCAAGAGAAAAUGGGCCAGCAUUAAAUGAUUACCUCCGUACUGGACCACCCCUCCUGACAUCCUAGACAUUCUCAUGAGAUUGAGAGUCCAGCCAAUAUCACUAGUUGCUCAUCUCUAGUUGCUGACAUAAAGAAAGCCUUUCUCGUGAUAGCCGUCAAGGAGGAGGACAGAGACAUUCUGCCUUUUCCGUGGGUGAAUGCCGUGAAUUCAGCGGAACCUAAGAUCGUGGAAUACAGAUUUGCUUGAGUCGUUUUUGGAGUUACUUCGAGUCCCUUUCUUUUGAACGGAACUCUCCUCGAGCACAUCACCAGCUAUGAAAGGGAAAACCCUGAAUUUGUCAGUCAGAUGCUUUGCUCGUUGUAUGUACAUGUAGAUGAUCUGAGCUUAAGCCUUGUAGAUGAGGACAAGGCAUACCAACUCUACCUCAAGUCAAGAGAGAAUGGCUCAAGGUGGAUUUAACUGCGCAAAUGGAUGACUAACUCAAGGCUCCUAAUGGAGAAGAUCAAGGAAAUGGAAUCUCAGAGAAAAAGGGAAGCUCGAUGAAGAUGAUGAGACAUACAACAGAAGCAUGGUUGGUGGUCUUGAAGAGAGGGAUGUCAACACUGAACAGAAGGUCCUGGGAACUAGUUGGAGCUAUUUCACUGAUGAGUUAUUGUUCAAGUUUCAGACACAUGUGGAAAGCGCACAAGGUCUAAUACCCACAUAACGGAACGUACUCAGAGUGAUAUCAAGUUUUUAUGAUCCUAUGGGCUUGAUCUCACCAAUUAUUGUAUAAAUGAUAAUUCUUCUGCAAGACAUCUGCAAGGCAGACUAUCACUGGGAGGCAGAACUUGACUCGGAACUGAAAACUCAAUGGAUGAAGUUGAUCUCAGAGUUGGGGCAGGUGAAUGUCAUUCAGAUCCCCAGGUGUGUCACUUCCGAACCUGAUACUAAGGAAGUUGUAUAUGAGCUGGAGGCUUUCGGUGACGCCUCAUCCUUAGCCUAUGCAGCAGUGGUUUACUUGGUAAUCAAAUCCUGAACCAGUAUCACGAGGCUCAUAAUCUAAUCAGUGACUGUCACCACAGGGCGAUGCACAAUUGUGUAAGGGAAAUGCUGACAGAAUUGAGAUCGCGUUUCUGGCUCACCAAGGGACAGCAAGUCAUCAGAAAACAAAACUUCAACUGCGUAGUGCGUAGAAGACGUGAAAGAAGGUCAUACAAGGUUGAGCCAUCAUCAGAUAUACCUGAAUUCUGAUUCAAGGAAGGAUACCCCUUUGCAAGCACAGGAGUAGACUUUGCUGGACUGCUAUUUGUGAAAACUGUCUUUGGAAAGGGAAUUCAAGUCAGUGAAGUGUACAUUUGUUUAUUCACCUGUGGAAGUACAAGGGCUAUACAUAUUGAGCUCACUCCAAGUCUUACAACCCAGGCGUUCAUUCGAUGUCUUCAAAGAUUUGUGGCCCGUAGAAGAAUUCCAGAACUUGUCACAUCUGAUAACGCGAAUACAUUUAAGGCAGCUGCUACUCAGCUAACAAAGAUCUUCAAUGACCCUGACGUCACAUCUUUGCUUUCCAGUGAAAGUUUAAUCUUGAGAAAGCCCCAUGGUCGGGGGGAGUUUUUGAACGGAUGAUCAAGGGUACCAAACGUUGUCUGAAGAAAACACUUGGAAAGGCUCGCCUGACGUAUUGGGAGCUCUUGACAGUUCUAACUGAAGUUGAAUGCAUUCUGAACUCCAGGCCAUGAACCUAUCUGUAUCCAGACGACCUGUAGGAACCUUUGACACCAUCUCAUUUAAUCAGUGGUAGACGGUUGCUGUCACUGCCAGAUACAACCAGAAGUGAAGCAGACAACUCAAGUACCCGUGAGACAGUCACAGGGAGAGCUAGAUAUUUACAGAGAUUAAUGGAUCACCUUUGGAAUCGAUGGAGACGGGAGUACAUCCCAGUCCUCAAAGAAUCUCACAGGUUGAAGCUAGAAGAAGACAAGAAGACAAGGGGAGCAGUCGUCGCAUUUCUGAUAAGGGAAAGAGUUCAUAUUUGCAGCGUCUUCUACAACGCUUGUUUCCUUGUGAAAUUCUAGAUGAUGUUAAGAAGGAACUGGAGAGCUUCACUGAAAACGUCACCUGUGUAUUGAAAGAAGGGAAGCUGGAAUCCAUAUAAGCAGAGCUGAAAGAAAUGCCUUUGCGACCACGGAGACAGCCAGCUCAAGCAGGUGAAGAAAGGAGGAUACUACUAACCAAUGCUUAGAGCCGUUGGUUAAGUUGAUUGGAUUAAAGACAAAGUUGUGUAGAGAACACAUAAUGACUCGGUUGCGGGAUGGUUUAGGUGUCUCUAUUGUAGACUUUAUUGUUAUCGAAUAGUGAAGGACAUUAACCAAUGUUUUUGGUCCAUUGGUUAAGGUGGGGUUGUGCGGAAUUCAGGGGACCCCCCCCCUUAGUUGACAUUGACUUAUUGAUUGUUAGUCACGUGAUCACAUCAUGUAAUUUUACUCGCAUCGUUUUUUGUGUAUGUUUUUAUUGCGUUGAUGGAUUGAACUCUGGAAUUCUAGUUUAAAUUCGGUCAGAUUCACAUUAGCCAGUUGUCAGUGUAAGUUGGAAAACGGAAUAAAUUCAUUACAUAGUUUAAGCUGCAAAAUACAUUUAAGGGUUUCUUUAAGUUUUAAGUCCAUAUCUCUGCAAGUGGUUUGAAUGUGAGGAGUUCAGUUUUCAGUUUAAAUCACCUGGUUAACAGGUUACUUUAAGGUAAUUUGUGACAUCAUUGUGAGCGCAGAGAUCUUGAUAUGGAGUCUACAGGAAAAGAUGUUUUGUUAUAACUUAAAGAAUGUUACUUUUUAUCGCUAAAUCCUCGCUAUGCUGUAUUUUGAAAAUGUCUAACCACACAAUGAUGCCAUAAAUAUCGCCCAUCAAAUUUUUCAAAAUUGAACAUGGCAGCACGUGCAAAAUUUGAAUUCCAAAAAGUGGAUUGCUGAAACUAAACCUCCAGUCUUAAAAACGGGUAAAGAAUUAUUGACUUGAAACCUCUCAAACACUUUGUCACAAGCACCAACUUAUGAUUUGGAACAUGACAAUACUGUUUUUUAACCAAGAUUCCCUUUAAAACACACCAUCAUCUGUGUACACGACUUUGUCUACCAUCAUACACUGCCUGGAACCUCCUAUCUAUUUUGAAGAAGACAUCGUAGGCCAUCGAUCAUGUGAUUAUCAUUUGUGCUUCAAGCGGUCACGAACAUCAUUUAUUGUUACAAAUUACUCGGUGGAAAUUUUAGGAUAAUGACUGAGAAGUGUUUAAUACGUUACUGGUGUAUUUUAAGAAGAGAAGUGUAUUUUUUGAACACUAACAGCAACCAAGCAGACACCAUUAUGAUGUUUGAGGUUUUUUGCCAACUCCUUGCAAGGGGGAUUUUUCUAGCAUUCUACUGUACUGAAGAGAUAAGAACGUGUGUAACAAAAAAAUCUGACUCAUUCUGCAUUCUGGAGUGAAUCAGUUCCAUUGUGUUCCAGAAUGGUAGGGGAAAGUCAACGCAAAAUGGAGCACUGAAAGAAAGCUUUCAGCAUAGCGUUAGCUUAGCUUACUUCUGCCCAGUACUGUAUUGUCUUUUUGCCAUCAUUAUACGAUAACAUGUACAUCAAUUACAUCACGAUGCUCAACUCAGUAGUGAGUCUCCCUUUAUCUUUGAAGAU